AUGACCUUGGAACCGACGGUCUGGAGGACGAGCCGACAGCCGAUUCCCGGAGCCCAGACUGCCAAGACUCCGAAGAAGAUCCCGAAGAUGUCCGCAGGGAUCGAGAGAAGGAGUUGCUCUCACCCGGCAGACGACCCGGGGCUAGCGCCUUUGGUAAAGUUCCUCCGGGGAGAGACUGAGCACUUGUCCCUGAAACAAACGACACACUUGGCCAAGAUAGCGGACCAGUUUGUGUUGGACGCCCGGGACGCCCUGUUCUAUGUGAGUCGGAACACCCCGGAACGUCCCCGAGACACCGCAGACCGCCUCCGUCUGGUAAUCCCCCAGUACAUCCAGGAGGACAUCCUGCACCACUGUCACGCGGGCUUCCAAGGUGCUUAUCAAGGGAUCAUCCGGGUCUAUGAGAGGCUGCGCAAGGAGUUCUACUGGAUCGGCAUGUUCAAGGACACCGAGCGAUAUGUCAAAGAAUGCGUUGACUGCGUCACGGCCAAGGGACUACCCCGGAACCCAGGACCGUCGCCCGGUAACAUGUUGGCUACGCGACCGUUCCAGGUUGUUUCCAUGGACUUCGUGAUACCGCUACCCCGGUCCCCCGGGGGAAAUACGGCAUUGCUCCUGUUUCAGUGCGCGUUCUCGGGGUUCAUCAUGUGCAAGGCCAUGGCGAGCACCGAAGCCCAAGACGUGUCCGAAGCCUAUGAGGAGUGCGGGUUCCGGAGGUUCGGGGCCAGUGAGAUGAUCCGUCACGAUCGAGACCCGUGCUUCAUGGGCCGGGCAACCCUAGCCUAUCGUCCCCAGGCCAACGGACAACAAGAGAGAUCUGUGCAAACGGUGAUCCGGAGCGUUAAGGCGUACGUGCAGACUGUGGACAAAAGUGACUGGGAUGACUCAUGUCUGAACACCUCCUUCGACUUCACCCGACUCGACACGCCGUUUUACCUGGUGCACGGUUGGGAUGCCCAAGGUACCGUCGAAGCCAUGAUGGGAGACGUUCCCCGAGACGUGCAGCUCCGGGACGCCCAAGAAUGGCGCACCAAGGUACAACGCCAGGUGGAAUACGCGAGGGCCUGGGCCCGGGACCUCCAAGAAAAAACCAAGAAGCGCCGGGUCAAAUACCACAGCCGCAAGUGGAAGCAGCUUACAGACCCACUGCAAGAGGGUUUCGAGGUCGGGGGAUCAGUAUGGUUGUACCUAGCCCGAGUCCGUCCCGGACUCACCAAGAAGCUCGCACAUCUCUGGCGCGGCCCGUUCCGAAUCCGGGAAAAGAGUAGUGAAUUCCGAUACCCCCCUCCAGGUCGAGGGUUGAAACCCCGAGCGAAAUACCCGGAGCGGCCUUCGGGAAUCAUAGGCAUCCCCGAAGACGAUGACUUCGACGCUGCAUUGCUCCGUGAAGAUAGUUGGGAACCUGGUGAAGGUUCCGGGGAAUGGAAAGGCUACGAGGCUCCAGACUGGGCUCCCCAAGGACGCCUCAACUGCGGGAGACUGCUCUAUGAGUUUGAUCAAGGAGAGCAAGCCCGCGUGCGUUUCCAGGCAAUGCAGUCUGGAGACGAGCUCCCGGACGAAAACGUCCGGUAG